AAAUUUUGAUUGCGCCGUUCGCCGUACAUAAAUGGAAAAAUAAAUGAUCCUGGAUGGAAAAAUAAAAGAUUUGGUGUAUUGUAUUGGAAAGUAGAACUGGUGAGGGUAUUUCCUGUUUCUCUGAUAGAAUCUCUAUAGUGACUUCACUUUUUGGGGUAAAAUUAUUAUUGGAAUAACAAAUCAAAUGGAGGUCAAAGAAGAAAUUAGCGAGGAAACGUGUAAAAUAGAAAUAGAGUAUAAGCACUUGGAUGAUGCUGUUUUGGAUGAAUUUAAAAGUGAAAUUCAGGAAGGAUCCAAUAGGGAAAGUACUUAUGGCACAUAUGAUUCUUUACAAUUUGAAGAAAACUACAUUGAAACAAAAACAUUUGAAGAAAACCAAAAAACUGAAAAAGGUUAUCUUCAAGAUGAAAUCAAAAUGGAAAUCACGGAGAAACCAAUUGAAGAUUCAUCUUACGAAGGAAAUGAUAUGAGUCGACACACUGAAGGAACAAAAUUAAAUAAAAAUAUGGAAGUUGUGACCGGAAAAAGACUUUUUAAAUGUGAAAUUUCUUUAAAACAUUGUAGUUCUGCUAGUGACUUGACAAAACAUUUGAGAGUGCACACUGGGGAAACACCUUACAAGUGUGAGAUUUGUUUUAAGCAAUUUAGUCAAGCAUGUAAUUUGGAAACACAUUUGAGAGUGCACACUGGGGAAAAACCUUACAAGUGUGAGAUUUGUUUUAAACAAUUUAGUCAAGCAAUUAAUUUGAAAAACCAUUUGAGAGUGCACACUGGAGAAAAGCCUCACAAGUGUGAGAUUUGUUUUAAGCAAUUUAGUCAAGCAAUUAAUUUGAAAACCCAUUUGAGAGUGCACACUGGAGAAAAGCCUCACAAGUGUGAAAUUUGUUUUAAGCAAUUUAGUAUAUCAGAUAAUUUGAAAAACCAUUUGAGAGUGCACACUGGAGAAACACCUUACAAGUGUGAGAUUUGUUUUAAACAGUUUAGUCAAGCAAAUAGUUUGAAAACCCAUUUGAGAGUUCACACUGGAGAAAAGCCUCACAAGUGUGAAAUUUGUUUUAAGCAAUUUAGUAAAUCAUAUCAUUUGAAAACACAUUUGAGAGUGCACACUGGAGAAAAGCCUCACAAGUGUGAAAUUUGUUUUAAGCAAUUUAGUAAAUCAGAUAAUUUGAAAAACCAUUUGAGAGUGCACACUGGGGAAAAACCUUACAAGUGUGAGAUUUGUUUUAAGCAAUUUAGUGAAUCAGGUCAUUUAAAAACACAUUUGAGAGUGCACACUGGAGAAAAACCUCACAAGUGUGAAAUUUGUUUUAGGCAGUUUAGUCAAGCAGGUUCUUUGAAAACACAUUUGAAAGUGCACACUGGGGGAAAACCUCACAAGUGUGAGAUUUGUUUUAAGCAGUUUUCUGUAAAAAGUAACUUAAAAUCACAUUUGAGAUUACACAAGUGAAAAAUGUCUUUUAAGGUACUAGUACACUUUAGA